AUGGUUCGCCCUCGUGGUCGGUCGCAACUGGGCGUGGACAUUCGCGGCGACACCAGUGCGCCCGCAAUGUCCACGAUGAACGAAGUUAGCCCAAUUGAACCCACUUCCCCGGACUUGAGCAAGCAAUUGGAGAAUCGCAUCGCGGACAAGUCCCCCGGGAAGUCGCCGUCAAAGAAGCGUCGCAAUCGCUCCCUCCUCCAUCGAUUCGCCGAUACCUGCCUCCGGUAUACAUGGCUGCUCCCAUUGAUCAUAAUGCUCUUCCUGCUGUCGCUGUAUGCGGUCAACCCGACUACCUCGAACCCGAUGCACAGCGCCAUCUUCCUCUCCUAUCCUCAGCCUCCCAAGACCCCCGGUGGACCUAUCAUGUACGGCAAAGGCAAGAAAGAUAUCGCCUUCGUGGCCUUUUACACCGUCGUCCUCUCGUUCACACGCGAGUUCAUCAUGCAGCAGUUGAUUCGCCCGCUGGCUGUCUGGUGCGGAAUCCGGGGUAAGGGUAAGACCGCCCGCUUCAUGGAGCAGGUCUACACCGCGAUCUACUUUGGUAUCUUCGGACCGUUUGGAUUGUACGUCAUGAGCCGGACGAAUAUUUGGUACUUCAACACGACUGCCAUGUUCGAGGGAUUCCCCCACCGCGAGCAUGAGGGUGUCUUCAAGGCUUAUUACUUGCUGGAGGCGAGUUACUGGGCGCAGCAGGCCAUUGUUCUCUUGUUGCAGCUGGAGAAGCCCCGUAAGGACUUCAAGGAGCUGGUUGGCCACCACAUCAUCACUUUGGCUUUGAUUGCACUGAGCUACCGCUUCCACUUUACUUAUAUGGGUCUGGCCGUGUACAUUACCCACGACAUUUCGGACUUCUUCCUCGCUACGUCUAAAACCUUCAACUACCUCGACUCCGUCAUCGUUGCGCCCUACUUCUGCAUGUUCGUUGGCAUCUGGAUCUACCUCCGCCACGUCCUGAACCUCAAGAUUCUCUGGGCCGUUCUGACCGAGUUCCGUACCGUCGGUCCUUUCGAACUCAACUGGGAGACCCAGCAGUACAAGUGCUGGAUCAGUCAGUACAUCACCUUCGCUCUGCUGGCCAGUCUGCAAGCCGUCAACCUGUUCUGGCUUUUCUUGAUCCUGCGCAUCCUGGCCAACUACAUCUUCAACAGCGUGACCAAGGACGAGCGGUCCGACGACGAGGAGUCCGAGGAGGAGAUUGAGAAAGUGACCGAGUCCAAGGCUACUAUUGCCACUGGCGUCGCCAAGGAGAACAUCGCACCUCAGGUGCAAAUCAACGGCGAGCCUGUGCCUGAGCAGCAGGGCCCUCGGCCACGUAGCCGCAAGGCUUGA